AUGGAGUCUCAGUAUAUGAGUCAAGUUGGUCAAGUGGUUGGCCAAGAGUCUCCAUUCUCUACUCAAUUGGAAUCCACUACUAAGAAAUCACGUGGAGGCAACUUUUCCAUAGAAGAAGAUAAUAUGGUUGUAUUGGCUUGGCUCAACACUAGCUUGGAUGUAGUGCAUGGAAAUGAGCAAAAAAGCAAGACCUUUUGGAGGAGAGUUGAGGAGUACUUUCACGAGCAUAAGACAUUUAUUAGUGAAUGUAACGAUAAUUCUUUGAUGAAUCGGUGGUCAAUCAUUCAACUUGGCACUAGUAAGUGUUGUGGGUACUUUGCCCAAAUUGAAGCAUUGCAUCAAAGUGGUGUUAACAAGCAAGACAAGAUUGGCAAGGCAAAAAUCAUGUACCAAGAGGCUAAUAAAACCUUAUUUCAAUUCAAACAUUGUUGGAAUGUGUUGAGGCAUCAACCAAAAUGGUUCGAGCAAUGCCAAAAGAAAAAACCGAAAAGGAUUAGAAAUGACCCAACAUCUUCACCUUCAACACCAGAGCCAAUCAACCUAACAGAAGAUGAUAUCUCACCCUUGAAGAGACCUAUGGGUAGGAAGGCAGAAAAUGAGCAGUUGAAAAAAAUGAAAGAAGAAAGAAAAAGAGGAACUGAGAAGAAACUUGAACUUCUUCAAAAAUCUUAUCAUAUUCAUGCUUCAAGGGCUCGAACUGAACAAUUGAAAAAGGAAGAGAGAAUCAUGAAAAUUGAUACAAGUGAGAUGUCCCCAAUGCAGCAAGAAUAUUAUCGUCUAGGCCAACUGGAAAUCAUUGAGAGUAAGGAAAAAAUUAAUGAUGUGGAGUAA